GGAUCGCGCCGGAAAGUCUUGGUCUUCAGAACCGCUCAGGGUUGCAGCAGAGCAUCCCCCCUCCUCCGUCUUAUCCCUCCCCUUUCCAUCAUCCUCUCACUGUUUUUUAAGGAGAAUCUUUAUUUUUAUUUUUUUUAACGCAUCAUCCAUCCUCACCCAUCCGCCUCUCUCCCAGCACUGAGCCGUCUGUCUGCAGGCCACUUGCAUGCAUUGUUCGUCUCCAAAAAUGGUUUGCGAGACUAAAAUCGUUGCGGACGAGCACGAAGCUAUAGCUGGGACCAAAAAAGAGCCGAUGAUGUGGGGCUCCCCGGCGGGCCCCAAGGAUGUGAGAAGGGAUGCGGUGUUUAUCCGCGAGUUCGAGCGCGCGGACAAGGAGGAAGUGCUGCGCAUCUUCCACGAAGGGAUAAUGGAGAGGAUCCCUAACACUGCGUUCAGGGGGAUCUGGCAGCAGCCCAGGACCCAGUUCUUAUAUGCCUUUCUGACAGUAAUAUGCUUUUACGUGACCAAGUCUGUCACGCUGACCUGCUGUGCACCGCUCAUUCUCAUGGGUGCUCGCUACUACUACAGCAGGAAAGUUAUCCAGAAUUAUUUGGAAUGUGCUCUGCACACGGACAUGGCUGACAUAGAGGCUUAUUACAUGAAACCCACAGGCUCUUGUUUCUGGGUGGCAGUUCUUGAUGGGCGCGUCGUGGGCAUCGUGGCAGCGCAGGGCCACGAGGACGACAACACAGUGGAGCUGCGACGCAUGUCGGUGGACUCUCGCUACAGGGGCAAAGGGAUCGCAAAGGCCUUGGGCCGUCGAGUUCUAGAGUACGCCGUGCGAAACAACUACGCCGCGGUGGUCCUCGGUACCACCGCUGUCAAACUGGCCGCCCACAAGCUGUACGAAUCGCUGGGCUUCUGCAGGACGAGCCAGAGCGAGGACUACAGGCUACCGGGGAUGAGCCGAUCGCCGCUGGAGAGGCUCUUCUUUCAGAUCCGCCACAGCCGCUACCGCCUGCAGCUCCGUGAGGAGUGAGAGGUGAAGGAGGGAGAGAGAGAGAUGGAGGAGGGGAAGAUGGAAAGGAAGGAAAGAGGGACAGAGAGAGCAAACAUCCUCCUUGACCUUUGAACCCCAACUGCAUCCUCUCCUCCCACAGCUUUUAUUUAUUUUGUGCCAUUCUAGAUAUGUUUAACACUUUUACUAUUUCCUAGCGAAGUCACUAAUGUUUUUCUAUCGGUUCUUAAUGUUGUUUUAGUGUUUUAUAUUUACUCUGAUGGAGUAUAUAUUUUUUCAGUUUUAUUAAGCUAUUUUUUAUUUUUUGGCAUUUUUCUCCCUCCCUGUUUACUAGAGAAAUAAAACGAGGCACCUUUAGGGGAUAACUGUCU